UCCGUCCUCUUAAUUUCCUUGCCGUGGUCCCAGAGGAUUAUCGUGUCAGGGUGGCAGCAGGGAGUCCUUGACUAGGUAUCCUAGAGCCUCAGGAAAUCUAUGUACUGCACACACGUACGGCCCGGAUCGCCUUCUUUCCCUCUCCUGUCUGAAUGAAGCUGGAGUGAAGCGGGAUCAGCGAGCCCGACACCAGAACCGGAGGCUUGCCGCGACCUGUUUCAACCCGGAAAGUUUAGGUAGACCUCCCAGUCUCCCGACUUCCGCUUCCGUUUUAGGGCUCCGCCUGGCUGCCUUCACUAUGGAAGAACCAGAGAUGCUGCUGAAGGGAAAGAAAGUAACAGACAAGUUCACCGAAAGUGUCUAUGUCCUGGCCAACGAGCCGUCAGUGGCCCUGUACCGGCUACAGGAACAUGUGCGCCGCUCGCUGCCGGAGCUGGCCCAGCACAAGGCUGACAUGCAGAGAUGGGAGGAGCAGAGCCAGGGUGCUAUAUACACUGUGGAGUAUGCCUGCAGUGCUGUGAAGAGCCUGGUGGACAGCAGUGUGUACUUCCGUAGUGUUGAAGGCCUGCUCAAACAGGCCAUCAAUAUCCGGGACCACAUGAACACCAGCGCCCAGGGCCACAGCCAGGAGAAACCAUCCCCUCCUACUGUGGCCUGACCCUGAUCCUGCAAAACUCUCAGGGCCACCAACUUCCCCACCCAGGCAGAGGCCUGGCUCCUAUGCCCCCAACCACUCAGCUGCUGUGUGACCUUGAAGCUGCAUCCUCACUUCUCUGGUCUUCAGCUUUUUCCUCAUGUAAACAUGGCUUAUCCAGCUGAGGCCAUGUGGUCGGUGAUGGUAUACAUUGUGAUGUUGUGUCUAUGCAAGAGAGAAGCAUCCACAGUCCUGACCCUUACAAUACUAUAAACUGACCAGCUCCUGAUGCUGCUUCAGGCUGCAGGGAGUUGGGUGCUUCCUCUGG